CUACUAUCUUGUAGGAAAUAUGCACAUCCCCAAGACCCUCCUCUCAACACUCUCCCUCUACACAAUCCACACAACAGCAACCCCGAGCAACCCCCCAGCGGUAACCACACCCCCAAAAUCCAACGCAACAAUCACCAACAACUGCCCCUUCCCCAUCUACCUAACCGUCGUCUCCUCCUCCGCCACCUCCCCGCCCCCCGAAAUCACCCUAGGGAGGAACAGCACCUACACCGAGCCCUACCGCCACGACGCCCCCACCGGCGGCAUCAGCCUGAAACUCACCACCGUCGCGCACGGGCUGUACACCGGCGCCCCGCAGACGAUCUUCGCGUACACUUACGUGGAAUCGACGAAUCAGGUGUGGUUCGAUCUUUCGGAUGUGUUCGGGGAUCCGUUUAGGGGGUUUCGGGUGAGGUUGAGGCCUGUGGCUUCUGGUGGUGGUGGUGGUGCGGAGAUUGUCUGGGAGGAUGGGGUGCCGCCGCGGUCGGGGGGGAGUCAGGUUCGGGUUGUGGCGGGGGAUGUGGGGGUGGGGUUGGGGGUUUGUGUUUAG